CCUUGACCGCAAGUUGCCUUGGUUAAACUAUUUUUCAAAGUAAUACAAUUUAUCAACAGAAAUAAGUGCGGCAAUAUAUUUUUGUAUAAUGUCAGAUACUUCUACCAUGGGAUUAUUUAUGAUAUCAAAUCCAGUGUUCGAAUGUUAUGCAUUUUACGGAAGCAUUCUUAUUUUAAAAAUGAUAAUGAUGUCUUUUCUAACAGCACUUCAGCGUUUUCGAAAAAAAGUUUUCAUAAGCCCAGAAGAUACUGCAAUUAGCAAAGGAGGCGGAGAAAUUAGAUAUGAUGAUCCAGAUGUCGAAAGAGUAAGAAGGGCACAUUUAAAUGAUUUGGAAAAUAUACCUAUAUUUUUAAUCACUGGAUUACUUUUGGUUGCCAGCAAACCUCAAGUAAUGAUAGCGAACAACUUGUUUAGAAUUUAUACAUUUGUAAGAAUAAUGCAUACAAUUUCUUAUGCUGUGUUUGUAUUACCCCAACCUACAAGAGCAAUAUUAUUUAUUGCAGGAGCAGUUAUAAAUAUUAUUAUGGUAGCAUAUGUUAUCUUAAGUAUGCAUUAUUUUUAAUUUAUUUACUUGUAAGCAAUUUAUUUUGUUCAGUGCAAGUAAUUGACAAUUUUAAUAUUACAUAAAUUAUAAGAAAAAUUCUAAAUUAAUAUUUUAGGUAUAUAUUAUAUUAUUUUGUAUUUUGUUUUUGUAAGGUUUGUUGAAUAAAUAUCAACAACAAAUAUGUUACUCUUAUUAAGAUUUGAAAACAAUUCAGAUAAAUGCAACUCAUCAUUAAUAUUUUAAUUUAAUUAUAUACUAUAAACAAAGAAA